CAAACACUGGGGAAAUGCAGCAUGGAUGUUUGGAAUCUUGCGAUAAAAGGAGGUCCUAAGUACAUGACUACUUUUCAGAUUCAGGCUAUACCAUCAGUGAAUGUCACAGCAACAGAGAGGCUGAUUUAUGAACUUUUGACAAGAGGAUACACCAAUGCUACCAUCAGUAUCAGUGUCCCGUCCGGUGAAGUCAACAUCAGCCAUAUAGAUCCAGGCCUUUGUCCAGAAGAAAUCAUGCUCACAGUGUAUGGUUUAUACCCAUGGCCUGAAAUGACAGCUCAAAGUGAAUAUAGCAUGGGGUGUGUAAGAGGGAAUGAAUUUGCUACAAGGUUUUGUAAGUUAAAUGGGGCAACUGACAGAGCAGUGUGGGAUCAUCCUGACAUGAGCAAGUGUAUUCGGAUAGUGUCAGAUUUUGAUGAUUUGGAGAAUAUCACAGUUACAGCUGACAACUCAGCAGACAUUGUGGACAUGAUUGAGGAUCUUUUAAAGGAACAAAGCAAUCUGAAUGACGCUCAGAUGGACAUCGUGCUUGAAAAACUGUCUGAGGUCACUGAGGUUGGAACCUUGACCACAGCCCUGUCCAACGACAUUACUAAAAUUGUUUCAAAUAUCUUUUAUAUCAAAACUAAUCCCACCCAAAUCAACAAAAUUCUUUCUAUUACAGACCUUAUGGGAGACAGGACGGUGUUUGAGGGCGAUGCUCAUAACAUGACAGCACCUUCAUUAGCACUUCAGCUGAUCAACCCUGACACCUCUCAGUUCCACGGCCUCACAUUCGAGGUGUCCUCCUUACUGAAUGAUAGCACCCCUGAGAUAUUUUAUGACAAGAACUUUACAGUGCAUCCAGACACAGGAACUGUAGCAUUCAUUUCUUUACCUCAUGCAAUUGAGAGCUUUUUCCCGGACAAUGGAGCCAGACCUCGUGUACAGUUUCAUUUUUACGGCAAAGAAAAUUUAUUUGAGAGUUUAGCUCCAAGCCUGAUCAAUCCCACCUACCUCUGA